UUGAUGAAUUCUCAAGGUUUGCUUGUAAUGGAUUUGAGACACACACUCCCUAAUUUGAAGUACCUUAUUCUUAGCGUGAUAUCACGCAAAGUUGUUUCUUAUAAUUACAAAAGUGCAAAUAAG